UGAAUGAUUUGUUUACAAACAAUAUUUUUUUGGUUUUUGGAAAAUUGAACAAAAAAUUGUUCUUAUUUAUAAUUUAAAUGAAAACUGAAAUUUUCCAAAUAUGUCCAUAAAAUUAUGCUGCAGCUUGUGUUGUUCUCCAAGCAACGAAUAUAAAACAUUACAAAAUGAAAUGGGAGAGAGUACAGAAAUAUAUGAAAUUACUGUGAAAUAUUUCGAUCCCAUGUUAAUUACCGACGAAGAAUUUCUUAAAUAUCCACAAGAAAAUAAAGUUCUUUGCCACGACUGUUGGGUGCCUAUUAAAGAGUUCCAUGAAUUUCAGCAGAAUGUUAUAAAGACACGUACAUUGCUGGAGAAAUCGGAUAUAAAACAAUUGCCAUUGACUAUUAAAACGGAAAGUGAAAUUGAGCUGGAUGAGGAGAAAGUAAAUUUAGAAUGUGAUGAUGAUAGAUAUUUUGAUAAAAGUGACGAUGAUAAAGAGGAUGAUUAUGAAAUUGGUUUCGAUGAUAUUAGUGUUAAAAAUGAUUUAGAGGAGAACUCUGUAAGUACAGAUGAUGAAGAUGACGAGAAGCCUUUAAUAAGCUGGAAAACAAGAAAGGUAGUUGAUAAUAAAACAAACAGAACAGAUUCCGAGAGCACCAUUCAAAAACCUAAAGGAAAACGAGGUAGAAAACCCAAAAAUGUAGCUAAAACAAAGGGAACAGGAGAACAUAAUGAUAAUGAAACUGAAAAUACAGACCAGGAUGGAAACGAUAAUGAUAUAAAAACAAAAAAAGCUAAACUAAAUAAUAAUGAUGUUGACGAUGAUAAACAGGAAAAAAGCAAUUCUAAAUUUAAUUUAGAAAAAGCACGAGAAUCUGAUGCAUUCAUCAGGGAAUGGAAACCCAUAUUGGAGUGUGAUUUAUGUGAAGAGUCAUCUACAAGUUUUGAUAAAUUGCGUACACAUUUUCGAGAAAAACAUAAAACUAGAUUCUAUAUAAAGUGUUGUGAGCGUAAGUUCUACCGACGUUAUGUCUUAGUUAAUCACAUACAGCUACAUCUUAAUCCGGAAACACACAAAUGUGACAUAUGCGGAAAAGUAAGUGCUAAUAAAAAUAAUCUUAAAUUGCAUAAACGAUUAAUGCAUGAAGAAAUCGAACAGCUAGAAUGUGAGGUUUGUCAUAAAUUGUUUAAUUUAAAAACCUCAUUAGAUCGUCAUUUACUCACCCAUGUAACGGGCGAUAAGGACUUUGUGUGUCAAGAGUGUGGCAAGGGUUAUGUGCUGGAAGUUCAACUUAAGUCACACAUCAAAACCGUACACAAUGUGGAUCGUGUGUGCGAUCAGUGUGGAAAAACUAUACACGGUAUACAGGCUCUGAAAAAACAUUUAAUGGAACAUGCGGGCAUUGCAAAACCUAAAUUUCCCUGUGACGAAUGCGGUGUCGAGUUGAAUUCUCGUAAUGGCCUAAAACGUCAUAAGGCUGCCUUUCAUCAUGAUGGUUCAACGAUUUAUGUUUGUGGCGUUUGUGGUAAAGUAGCGUCCAGCGAAAGUGCUUUAUUAAAUCAUAAAAAAUAUGUCCAUGAAGAGGAGCGUAAACAUAAGUGUACUUAUUGCGAUAAAGCCUUUAAACGUCCAAAAAAUCUACAAGAACAUAUAGCCACUCAUACUGGUCAGGAUCUGUAUCAGUGUCCUCAUUGUCCGCAAACAUUUAAAGUUAGCGCUAAUAUGCAUCAUCAUCGUAAGAAAGUACAUCCCGUGGAAUGGGAAGAGGGUAGAAAGAAUCGUUUACAAGUACCUAAAGUUGAUAUAAAUCAUGUUAAGAAUCAAGUUGUACUUUGAAGAUUGAAUGUUAAUUAUAAUUUAAAUACAUAUAUUAUUAUCAUUGCACUAUAGUGUUAACGUUUUAUAAUAAAAUUUAAAAGAACAUGUUUUCACAAUUUA